AUCUCUUGCUCUCUCUCUUCCUGGCCAUUUCUCUCUUCCAACCCUUAAAUAAACUUAAAAUCUUCUCAGAAUCUUGUGGAUCCUGCUCACAUGGACUCCAUACCAUUUAUCUUCAUCAUUCUUCUCUUUCAUUUACAGAAAUCAAAACCUCAGACGAUCCAAUCAGCACAUCUCCUUGAUCUAAUGAUCAGAGAUUACACCAUCAGAAACUUCAACAUACAUGUCAAGACAGGCACGGUCCAGAAAAUUCAUCUUCCAGCAAAUUUCUCGUCCAUUGAUAUCGAUACGGCUAAGUUUAGAUGCGGGAGUUUGAAGAGACACGGUGCAAGAAUAGGAGAGUUUCACUUUGGUCCGGGCUUGAGUGUGCAGCCAUGUGUUGAGAGAGUGAUUCUGGUGAGACAGAACUUGGGUUUGAACUGGUCUUCUUCUAUUUACUCAACCGGUUAUAACUUAACCGGUUACAAUUACCAGCUCGUGACUCCGGUUCUCGGUUUAUUGGCCUACAAUUCUAACCCGGACGGUGUGGCUGUGAACCCUUAUGAAGUAAACUUAAUGGGCACAGAGAAAGACCAUAUUCUGAUAGAUUUCUUGAGCAUCAAGUCAAGUGGUAGCCCUAGGAGUGUAAAUUCCUCUCUAUUGUGUGCGUGCUUCACAAGUAACGGUAACAUAACGUUCAAAGAGCAAGUUUCAGCCUAUGUUUGCUUGGGAACAGCACAGGGGCAUUAUGCGCUCGUGGCUAAACAUCAUGAUGGUAGUGGUGGUGGUGGGGUGAUAACGCCGUCGUCUUCACCUGGUGUAAAUAACGGGGGAGGUGGGAAGUUGAGCCGGUGGAAAGUGGCGGUAGGGAGUGUGAUUGGGUCAGUGAUUGGAGCGUUGCUGCUAGGGUUAUUGGUGGUGGCGAUGUUAGUGAAAGGUAAGAAGAAAGCGAUGAGAGAAGAGAUAGAGCAGAGAGCUUAUGAAGAAGAAGCACUUCAGGUUUCAAUGGUGGGUCACGUUCGGGCUAAUCCCAAUAAUAGGUACAGUAGCAAGUAACAACAUAACUUAAUAGUUAGAUCCUCCUUAAUGAUCAUUUGUUUUCCAUUUUUAGUGUUAUUUGAGCUUCUUAUAAAUGUUGUACUGUGAUU